AUGGGGCUGCGAGUCUUCUGGCGCCCUCCGGUUUGCCGCCCAGUGCGCCGUGCCCUUGCCGAACGCAGCGGAGGUCUGGCAGCAUUGAACAGAUCCUCUCCGGCACCCUCGGCGAGGACAUACCAGGUGCUGGUGGCAGCCGGAGUGGCCGGGUCUGUGUCAGCGGCAACCUUCUACGGCCGAGUCAGUGAUGAUCCAGAUGAGAGGGUUUGGGUGAGCCGCCGCGGCCCUUUAGCCGUGGAUGCCCACCGGGCCGUGGUAUUGGCCCCCCUGGUCGCUUGCUUGGGCAGCGGCGCGGUGGCGGCCCUCGUCACGCGCAGCGCGACCCACGCCGCGAGAUGCCGGCUGCCGCCUGUUCUUCAUGAGCUCACGGCCCUGCCUUUGAGUAUUCUGCUGGCCUUUCGGUUUCAGGUCUCCCACGAAAGAUGGUGGACUUCGAGGCAGCACCUCCAGGAAAUCUCAGGUGACGUCGAGGCUAUGUCCAUGUGUGUGGCCAACAACCAGGAGGCACCCAGCAAACUCCGCACCAUGACGUGGCAGGCCCAUGAGCACGAGAAGCGAAUCCUCGGCCUCUUGGACGCUGCCUGUGGGGUCAUGGAGAGCCAGCUCGCUCAGGGUCUCCCGCCUCAUCCGGCCAACGAGUUGGCUGAUUGGGAGCCCUACCACGCCAACCUGCACCCGCUCGACAAAGACAGCUUUGCCAAGGCUUUGAACCCCACGGUUUGCUGCUUCGAUCUCCUCUUCCGACGCAUCCACGAGGGCCAGGUGAUGCAGAUCUACUCGCCAGAGCUGGCGAGCAGCCUCUACGACCGCGCCACGGACUUGCUCAAAAACUUCCGCCUGUGCGAGAUGGUCGUCGAGCAGCAGUCUCCUGCGCCCUUUGCCGUGCACAUGCGAAGCAUUCUCCUGGUUUUCUGCGUCAGCUUCCCCUUCACCAUCGUCGGCAGCGUGGGGCCACUGUCCUUGUUCCUGUUGCAAACCGUUCUGAGUUUCAGCUUCUUGGGCAUUGAGUUCGUCAGCCGACAGAUGGAGCAUCCAUUCGGAACAGACGAGUCGGACAUCCCGGUCAAGAAGAUUCUCGCCAAAGCCCGCGGAACAAUCCGAAGGAUCCGACAGCGACACGGGAUCUCCGCAGGGAGCGGACUCGGGGGCUUCAGGCUUCGAUGGGGGCUCCCGGGCUGA